UGCAAGCCCUCACCGAGUACCACCGACACCGACACAUAGACGUAUUCAAUCUAUAAAUUGAACCAAAUCCCUUAAGAUGAGCAUAGCAAAUACGUACAUCACAACACUACACAUGUAACAGAGGAAGAAAAAAAUGUCGUCCGACUGUCCUGGGAAGAACUCAUGGCCGGAGCUUGUGGGAACAAAUGGAGAUUAUGCGGCUUCGGUGAUAGAAAGAGAGAACACGAGAGUCGAUGCAAUCGUGAUUUUGGAUGGAACUCCAGUGACUACAGACUUCAGGUGUAACCGGGUCAGGGUUAGGGUUGAUGGGAACCGUAUCGUCGUCAGAGUCCCUACCGCCGGCUAGACUUGCAUACAGACCACGUACAAUAUGAAUAAAAUACAUCUUCAUACAAAUUUGCAUGGUUGAUAGUUGGUUAUGAUAUAAGUUAUAUAUCUUUUGCGUGAAUAAUUUUGGUUUUAGUUACCCGAACAGUUACAGAUGUCCAAAGCUAUAAAUAAAUGUUUGUAUAACGCAAUGUUUACCGGACGAGUUAAUUCUUAUGUUUA